AUGACGACAUGCUCAAAAAUUUUUUCAGGAGAUUUACCUGAAUUAAUAAAUGAAAUUAUACAAUAUUUUAGAAAUGAUUUUUCAACAUUAUAUUCAUGUAUUUUAAUUAAUAGAAUAUGGUGUCGUUUAACAAUACCAAUAUUAUGGGAAAAUCCAUUUUCGAUUCCAACCAAAAAUUAUCAAUUUAUUGAAAUGUAUUUAAAUGAAGAAGAUAAAAAAAAAUUAUAUGAAUAUGGAAUUAAUAUAAAAAUUCCUAUAAAUAAUAAUAAUCCUAAUAAUAAUAAUAACAAUAAUAAUAAAACAUUAUUUAAUUAUCCAAAUUUUAUUAAAAUUUUAAAUUUAAGAGAAAUUCAACUUUCUAUUGAACAAUGGAUUUCAAUAAAUUGUAACAAAAAAUAUUACACAGAAUCAGUGAAAUUAAUUUAUAAAUCAUUAUUUAAAUCAUUUAUUGAUAAUAAAGCAAAUUUAAAUACUUUUAAAGUAUCAGAUAUAAAAUAUUUUAAUGAUAGUGUUGAAAUAAUUUUAGAAAAUCCCAAUUUUAUUAAUGAAAUAAAAAAUUUAAAACUUAUUACAAAUCAAUAUUUUAAAUUUUUAACAGUUUUAUCAAAUAAUUGUAAAUCCAUUUCAACACUUUAUCUUGAAUUUAAUGAAAUUCAUGAUAUUUCAACAAUUGAAAAACCAUUAUUAAAUAUAAUUAAAACACAAAAAAAACUUGAAAAGAUUUCAUUUGUACAAAGAAAUUAUUUAUUUAAACAAAAUAAAUUUCAUUUACAUAAUUCAUUAUUAACAUUAAAAAAUUCUAAUUGUUCAAAUACUUUAAAAACAAUUAUAUUUUAUAAUAUUGAUUUUAAAAAUAUAAAUAUAUUAAAAGAAGUAUUUGAACAAUUAAAUGUUUUAGAAUCUAUUCAUAUUCUUUAUUGUUUUUCUUUAAAUAAUGAAUUUAUUCAACAAAUUAUUAGUAUUAAUAAUAAACCAUUUAAAUUAAAAUCAUUAUUUUUAAGUAGUAGAUCAUUUCAAAUUGAAUCUUUUCAAUUAUUAUUACAAAAAUUUGGUUAUUAUUUAGAAAAUAUUGGAUUUGGUUUUUUUACAAAUGAUGAAUUAAAACAACAAUUACUUGAAUUAAUUAUAAAAUAUUGUACAAAUAUUAAAUUUUUUGAAUUAUUAGGUUUUAAUGAACAAUGUAUAUUUUUAUCUUUUGAUAUAAUUGAAAUUAUUGGUGAAAAUCUUAAUUAUCUUUCUAUUGAUAAUGAAAUGAUUAAACUUAGUUCUAUAGUAUUAAGAGAAUUGGGUCAAAUUUUACCUAAUAAAUUAGAAUAUUUAAAAUUAUGUCUUAAAAUUAAUCCAAGUGAUUUUGAAUUAUUCUUAAAAAAAUCUCAAAAUACUUUUAUUAAGAAAUUAUUAAUUAGAGAUUAUACAACUAUAGGAAGUGAAGAUAUUUUACCUUAUAUAGAAAAAUAUAUUAUGAAAAAGAAAAGGGUUAAGUAUUUAGCUUUUAAAGAUGAUUUUAUUGGUAGAGAUUUAUUUGAAUCAAAAAACAAGGUGAAAAAAUUUGAAUUAUAUGGUAUUAAAGUAGAAAGUUAUUAUAGUCCAAAUAUAUAUGUUACUUUUAUAGCCGAAAUGUAUUGCUUUUAA